AUGCAGGUGGCCAGGCACAAGCAAAGAGUUAAUCCUGCGGUCCCUUUGCCCCUCCUCUUUGAUGUUCUGACAUCAUUAGUCCUGCCCCCUGAAAGAUCUUCUUUUUCCUCAGAGCCCAUCACUCCUACUCUGGAAUGUUUACAGGAAGCUCAUGAGCAGCAUCAGGACCAAGUGUUUGUCAAAAGAGAAACGACAUGCUCUGAAGAAACUUUUGGUUCAGGGAUCACAGCAGAUGCCAUAGGUGUAGCCGCUGGGCUUAACAGAGUAAUGGCUGUUCAGACUGCAAUCAUGAACCCUCAGUUCCUGAAUUUCUGUUUUCCUGGUUCUGUGAUGGAGUACGACAUGGAGAAAACUCUGGAUGGUAGUCUCCUGGGUGAGGCAGAAAAUGAUGAGGACUACAAAGAGACCACUAGAGACUUGCUGAGCUUCAUAGACUCAGCCUCCAGCAAUAUCAAGCUGGCUCUGGACAAGCCAGUGAAAUCCAAGAGGAAAGUUAAUCACCGGAAGUAUCUACAGAAGCAGAUCAAAAGGUGCACGGGCAUUAUUACACCAGGAAAUGUAGCAGAUGCCCCAGUUAAAAGACAGGGUUCCCCCCUGGCUCAACCCAGUCCUUUGCAGAGCAAAACUCUACCUAAGCGUGAUGGGGUGCAUGCCAACUUACAGAGCAAGAGCUUGGCAGCCCUGUUCAGCCCUGUGAAGGAUAUAAGGGGAGAAAAGGCCAAGAAACCACCCCUGAGGCAUCGCAAUCUGCCUCCCUCUUUCUUUACUGAGCCAGCCAACUGCUCCAAAGUCAGCUCCACAUCUGGGAUGACGCUGAAGGACUUUGAACGAGGAAAUCCUGAAGCCGCAGAGUUCUUUGAGCUCUUGGGACCUGAUUACAGCAAUAUGGUCAGUGACCAGGACCUUUAUCAAAGCAUGCCUGUGCGGGUACAGCCGGAGAUGGGAGGCCCGGAUCCUUCCUCCUAUGACGCUCACCAUUUAGUUGGUGGUCUUCUUUACUCUGAGCCAUGGAAUAGCUGCUCUGGACCUUCUAAGAAACUUGGGGAGAGUCUGCGUACAGGCCCAGCCCAGCCUCCUGUCUACUGUCACACUGAGGCUGCGUCUGGGCCCAUAGAGGAUAGUGCACUGUGUACUUUGGCCUUCUCAAACUUUUUCACAGACUGCUCCAUACCUCAGGUUACUUAUGAUAUAAGUGCUGGUUACAACAGAGCUAACUAUUCAUCUCUAUGA